AUGAUACUUGAGCCGACAGGCUGGUACUUUUAUGAUGAGUUUGCCCAGGUGUUCGCGCGCCUGCGUGACCCGGAGGAGUAUCCUUUUAUCGCAACAAAGAUCGCAUUGUGGAAGGCUCGAGCGAAGGUACCGGCAGCGGUUACGGCUACGGAAUCACUUGUAAACGCCAUCAUUGCAGAUAACCAGCAGUCAUUGUCUGAACCGGCGUUACAGAGUUUAUAUACGGUAGCGGUGAUACGUGCCGUAAAUCUACUCUUGGACCAUGAGCAGGAUCGUGAAUAUGCGCGUAGUUUGCGCAUUAUCGCAAAGGAAUGUGACAUGCCAGAAUACAUCAUCACUGUGAGACAUGAGUGUUCUCACCGUGAGAUUCCUGAGUUACAUACACUUCGUUCUGCUGCCUUUGAUGCGCUGAACUACGUAUAUAACAAGUAUUGGUGGGGUUACGUCAAGGUACCUACAGGUUAUGAUGAGAAGUCAUUUUUACGGCUGAUUCUGCGUGUAUCAGCGUUAGCUCGUCGUCUGAUGGAGGGUUGUUUGCACAUGAGAUUUUUUGUUUCUGUAUUUGUGGAAUUUGUGUUCGCGCACUUUGAUCCGUCUACUGAAACUCUGUUUCUUGUACUUCUUUUGGAUAUAAUGAAUCAGCUACCUUUUAACUUCGUUGCAGAAUUAGCAGCGUCGAUGUUGUGCGUUGUCUUCGAUCUUCCGGACGUGCUGGCUGAUGGAAAUUCCAGUCAGCAACCUCCGAGGUAUAGUGAUCGUAUUUCACAAUACACGUCAUUUCUAUCCACCAAACCAGCAGAAUAUAUCCGGAGCGUUCUGGGUGUCGACGGCGCCUUUCAACGUGCAUCUUCCCAUGGCGUUCCGGUACGUCACCGUAUAAACGGCUGGUUAUUAUUACUUUUGGACUUGGCUAUGCGUUUUGAGAUGCGAAAUGAACUUUAUAAUUUGCCGCUGCACCUACGUUUGUUAGUCUGUGCUGGUACGGAUGAGUCGUAUAGUUUCUGGAUAGCCUCAGGAAAUGCAUUAGGACGUUUUGCGGCUGCUGUACACUGCCUGUUACCACAAUUAGCGAUACAAGCAUAUGCUCGAGGGUCUAUUGGAGUGUGGGAACCUAAUCAUAAGCGAUUUCCAUGGGAAUGUGACCCAUUAUCUCAUGCAUUAGGGCUAUAUUGGUGGUUAUCAAAAUAUCUUGAUACUGGCAUUGCUACAGGCUAUAUUUUCUCAUGUUUAAGUGUUUCUAAGGUGGAAGAGCAUGUACGGGAGUUACGAAAGGAACGUCAGGGUAAAGUGUCACCUUUAGACAAGCUUCUUUCCCCCGGUACAUUUUGGGAUCCCGGGAGCUGGAAGGUACAAUACACUGUGACACGGCCGGAAACAUCACGUACUGGACAUUCUCGAAUAUGUGCUGCUCUAGCAUCGAUUUUUAAUCAAUGUCCAGUGCACCUACCUAGGGUCCGAGGUCGCCAUGCGCAACGUCAGACCCGGCGUAAUUCGCAACCAUCAAGGCAUCCACAAGACUUACGUGCAUUUUUGAGACUAUACUCACAAUUGAGUGUUUCUCUGAGUCUUUUGAGCCGCCGCGAGCGAUAUUCUUAG